UAAAAUUUUAUAUAUUUUAUUACUUUAACAUAAAACUGAAUUGAGAGAAGUUGACAUGUUUAUAAUACAGAUCAAAAAAAGUAGGGAAACUCUACAGUAAAAAUGAUAAAAAAUUCCUAAUUAAGCAUUUGAUAUCAAAUCGCUAUUUCUGUCUUUUUUUCUGAUUGAGUUAUUAUCGUUUACUUCAGGAAUGAAUAAAGAGUGAUGCAGUAGCUGUACAAAUAAACACUGAAGAUGGAAACAAGUAAAGAAGAAAAAGCUUUUGCAGAUCUUAAGAUGGUUGUGUCAGAAUGGUUUGAUAAAAACAUAGACAUUAAUAUGCUUAAAGUUUUGUACCGAGACCAUGUAGGAAAUACUUUUGCAUUGCAUAUGGCUUCUGAAACAAUGGACUUAAUUAAUAUGCUGAUUAGUUUUGGAGAUCUGAGUCCAACUAAUCUCAAUCUCCUGUAUGAUACUAUUAAGGCAACACAGCAAUUUGGUCUGGAAGAAGAAAUUAAAAAACAGGUGCCAUCAUUCCAUUUUCCUGAAGAUAUAUGGAAUAAUGAUUUUACUGAAUUCACACCAUAUCGGCUAAGACUUGUGCAGCUAGGCUUGUCGCUGAAUCCAGAUGAUGUCAAAAAGCUCAGUAAACGGUAUAAUGGGAAACAUAAAGACAGCUGGAGUUUGAUUAUGGAUCUAGAACAUAAAAUGAUUAUUUGUGAAAAAGACAUAGACAGUUUCACCCAAAUGUUGAAGAGGCUCGAACUCAAACGAGCUGUGAUAGCUCUAACAGAAGACAUUUCAAGUGUAUUGUUAACCUUUAGAAAAAGACAUCGUGAAGGUGUAAAAGUAACUGUUAAGCGGAAGAGAGGUUCUUCUCAUUUAGAUGAUCAGCCAAAUCCUGAAUGUUUCGAUCCUUUGUUAACUGAACUUCAUAAGUAUAAAAAAUAUUUUGCAGCUUCGAACAUUAAUUCAAAAGAAAUUUUCACACCGCUACUUAAAGAGGUUGUCUCACUUUUCCAAAAUUAUUCUUCAAAUGUGGAUGACAUAGAAAAGGGAUGUGUAGUAUUUCAUAUAUCAACACAUGAUCCUGAUGCUUUGAUGAAUCUAUGGGAAGUCCAUUCUAGUGGGAAGCUCAUCAGAGAUUUAGCGGGAAUGUUAGUUCCAGAGAAACAUCAGCAGGAGUUCUUAGAUGAAUGGAUGACAUGCAUCGAUAAAAAUGAAUACGAAGCUGCUCUCAGAAAGUUGAAGGAAGAAGGUGAGAAAAUGUGAAAAUGAGUUGGAUUAAAAUUUUAAAAAUAUAUAUCAUUUCUUUUUCGGUCCAAGCGAAGCGCUGACCCCAGAUCCUCACUGCUGUUUUUGUUCUUGUUACCAAAAUCUUUAAAGCAUCCAGCGUCGCCAGUUUU